AUGGAGCGCGCCCCCGCCCAGGACAAGGACGGCCAGAAGCGCCGCAAGAAGAGCCAGGAGAGCACGCACUUGAUGCAGGGCGACAUGGAGGACGAGGACCUCGAGCUCUUCCACGUGGUGCAGGAGGACCUGCGCCUCAAGUCCACCGUGGGCUGGCAGAACGCCGUCAAGGUGCUCAAUGCCGCCUACCAGCACGUCGACCGGCCCGAGAGCCAGGCCUUCCUGGACGACGCCUUCUUCAAGAUCAUCAGCAUCAUGCUGGACCAGCAUGCCAGCAAGAUCGGAUCUUUUGAAAAGUCGUGUGUGACGCAGUGUCUGUCGCUGGCGGUGCCGCUGGUGAUCGCGCAGCUCAAGGCGGGCAAGUACUUCCAGGCGCUGCCCGUGCUGACCUUGAUCUUCAGCAAAAAGAAGACGUUCUACAAGGACCUCCGCACGUCGGCCAUGAUCGGCAGCUACUGGAACAAGGUGCCGGGGUCCCCGGAAGUGCGCGCGCAGUGUAUCGAGGCGUUCUGCGAGUUGAAGGGGUUCCAUCUGCUGUUGAGCACGUUGGAGCUGCUCAUGCAGAACCACAAGGAGGGGGACGAGCUGGAGACCACGAUGGACAGCGAGGACAUCCGCAUCUUGCUGCAGGCGCUGCUGGAGUUCCGAACAUCCGUCCCAGAAAACAUCUGCACUAAGAUCUCGGUGCUGAUCAUGACGUACUUCACAAAGAUCUCGGACUCAGUGCUGAAGAGGGAGUCGAGUGACUCUGUAGGCGCCGUGAUCGCUAUCAUUCGGAGGCUGGUAGACGCCGGGAUUGUCUCAUCCGAGGCCAUAAACCCGCUUUGGCUUGAUAUUACGGAGAGGUACGUGGAAUCGACCUCGUUGCCUCUGCGACUGUUUGGACUGGAGCAAAUCAACCAGAUCGUCAACUGUGCUCGCGCGUCGCGUGCGUUCCCGCCUCGAUACUUUGUCCGAAACGCCGGUACUGCUGGCGUCAAUGGUGUGUACACCUUGAAGGCCAACUCCACUUCGGCAACUUACGUUUUCCGACAGCACGAAACAGGUCAAAUGUUUACGCUCUUCUGUUGCACCAUGAAAAGUGGAUUAAAGUGGUGGUUUAUCUCGGAAGCUGACAAGAUGCAGCCUGGGUCGGACCAAGAUAUUGAUUACUACCAGCACCAAUCACAGUACGAGGAGUACCUGCCCCCGACCCACAACUGGAUCCCCACAGGCAAAGGAGAAGCCCCUGCUCCUGAACUAAUUGCGGAAAGCGUUCAAGAUAACGGCGAAGAGGAUCGGACACGACUGGAUUACAUACUUAGUGCGUGGGUGGUGGAGAAAAAGAUUCUGGAGGAGAUUUUUGGCGACAGAAUUCAUCGCGAGAUUGUGUCGCGAAGCGCGUUGCUGGUGAAGUUUUUAGCGGAAUCCAACAAGCUGGAUGCCCACGCUAUUGACGUAAUUUGGCAGUCCUGUAUCCAGAAAGACCAGACGCUGGUUCAUGAGAUUCACAACCUGCUGAUCACGACGGUGCCAUUUUUGUCGAACGAACUACUGUUGCAUCUGGUGGAAAGUAUUCACGCGUCGUUGUUGAGAAACUUGGAGAAGAACGAGCCUUUCCCGGAGUUGAUUUCGUUUUUGCAGCGGUUAGCAACCAACUCACCGAGUUUCUUAAUGGAGCGCAACGUGAACGUCACGACAGCGAUCUUGCAGCUGCUUUGGUCCAUUCAAAUGCAUUGCAGUAUUGCAAACAUCAGGCUAAGUAGAAGCCUGCGUGACUUUUUCCAAGAAGGACUACGGAGCGAGUACGGCGAGCCGUUACGGAAGGCGUUCUUGAACGAAUGCAUUGACGGAAUUAAGAAAUCUUGCUUGCUAUCAAGCUCGGCCCCCGAUUCUGUUGCAUCUCCGUCCUCUUCAACCGUUCCGCCGGCACCCGGAAGCACCAGCUCGGUUAUAAGCACUUCAUCCGUUACGUCGGCGGAGCUAACAAGCAAGGAUUCAACAGCGUCCAAGUCUUUGGAGCUACUAAAGUUUCUGAUCGACUCGUAUCGUAUGGAUCAGGCGCUCGUUGUUGAGUCGCUCAAUUCAGAGCAUGGUUUAGUGAGUCUGCUGUUUGACGAGCUUGCAACCUUUGUGGCUCGGAGCACGGACAAACAAUCGCCGAGCUAUCGCACAGCCAUCGGCCAUCGUUUAGAGUUGAUCCACUACGUCCACGUCAAGUCUCCGAAGUUGGAGCUGUCGAUCCCGCAGAUUGAGCGUCUCUGGCAAGUCCUUUCGUCGUCACCUGCUGAACGCGAGUUCUGCUUGAUUUUUUUCAACCAGACCAGUAUGCGUAACCACCAGCAAGGUGGAGCAGCACCUAGCCUGAGUACUGUUGGGGGAUCAAUCGGCUCGGCCUUCAAUUUGGAUGUGUGCUUCUACGUUUUCAACGAGCUGUUGUGCAAGCAAACCGACUUCCGGACCCUUGGCUGUAUGGGGUACAAGUGCUUUAAUGCAUACUUCGUGGGGCUUAAUGCACAGCAGAAACUGAUGCAACGCACUGAAGAAUCCGGGGAAACAAACACACUCAACCUGCUCGGCAUGGAUGCUUUGUGGCGUAUCGCAUUCGAAGCCCCACUUGAAGUUGCUGAAAUGGCUACGCGCGAGUUGCUUCGCGUUUAUGAACGAUCGUCCGACGAGCUUACCCGCGCAGGUGAAAGCGAAUCAGACGCUGGCAUCAAAGAUUUCUUGGCGCGUGUAUUUAAGCAGUUGUCUACAGUGGAGGACAGCUCGCCAGACUCGCUGAAGUUAGUCCAGCAGUGCUCAAGUUUGCUGACGGGGCUGGUUUCCAGUGCUCGCAAGAAGCAAAACUUCGUCCCACAUGGCUUGAGCGGCCGCGGUGCGUACUUUACGAUUAAAGUUAUUGCCCAGCGGAUCCCGUCAUCCAAUGCGAGUGGGGCAGCUGGCGCAUCAGCGACAGCAAACUCGAGUCAAGAUAAUGCGGUUCGAACCAUGCAGGCAUCAGCGUAUUCAAACCAGACUCUGUGGCUUUUCCGCAAGCAAAUCGAAAAGUUGGUGGGUCAUCCGAUGCAGCAGACGAAAAUUCUUUCUUCAGGUUCGGCAAUUACUGGAGAUCAGAAGACACUCGCAGACUUGCAGAUAACGGAGUCCAGCGAACUGCGCGUUCUGAUGUUCAACUCAGUUGUUCAACGUUCUAGCUCCAACUUGAUGGACCAAGACCAAGUGAUGACCUCGGCGGGCAAGGAAUCACCUACCUCGCCUUCUUCCCUCUCAUCCCAGCACCACCCUGGCUUAGUUAUUGCUCGCGAUGCCUCAUACUUCGGGAUUCUUUUCCGAGUGCUAGAUAUCGUGGAGGGUCAUUCUGUUCACGAGUUGCUGUGGGCCUUUUUGAAGCAGAUCCCUACUAGCGAGGAGCUUUUGAACCGCGUUUCAAGUAUCGGUGCUUCUGAGACAAGCGACGGAGAUGUGGCUAUGAAUUCCCCAUCGGAUGAGCCUGCUAAUGGUGGAACUAAGCCGGAUUGGUCAUCUUUGGUGAAAGGAAUCUCCUCUCACCAGGCUAUUUACACACUACAGAUUAUGGAUGCGCUGCUUCUCCCUUCAGACGUCGCCAAAAUCCCGUUUGCGCAGACGUAUCUCCAGCGCUUCAUAUCUGGAGGUGGGUUUCACGAAGUACUAUCGUAUUUUAUUAGCGCGAACUUCCACGAAAGCUCCUUCAAUGAGGGUGCUGCAGUGGCGCUUCGAAUCCUGAAGUUUUGCCUUUUCGACUCGGGCCACGAGAAUGGAUUGUACUCAGCUACUGCUAAUGGGGAGGUACCGGCCACGGGCGCCGACGCCCCAAGGGCCAAAAUUAUUGUGGAGCAAAGCCGUUAUGACCAGCUGGUUCUUAAGAUCGCUGAGCUUGUGGUAUCCGAGUAUACCCGUGUUGAAGAGAAAACACCUGCGAAGAAAACAGCGUACCGGAUUUUGAUCGAUGCUGUGAAGACCGUCGAGUCAAUUGUAUCAAUUGCACAUGAUGCGGCGGCCAAGUAUAUUAAGGCGCUGGAGCCACGGGCUAUCAUUGUCAGCAUUUUCAUGAAGUUCGAGUCGGAGCAAGUGCGCGACCAAUGGCUAUCGUCGUUGGAAUCUGUCUGCAAGGCGUCUGAUGCAGCUGCCGAAGUAGUGUUCGAGGAGUGCGUCCAGUCCAUUGAUCGCAUCGAGAACGUAGCCGCCCCGUGUGACCAGUACACACGUAUGCUUUGCUCGUUGGCGCGUCUCGAGGGCGGCAAGACAUCUUCAUAUUGCCAAAAGUUGGCUCAGGCUGUUGUGUCAAAGCUGCGUCGCGGCUUUUCGAGCAAGUUCCUAGCUUGCAACGAGCGGUCAGGCGAGGUGCUUAUCGGGUUUUUGGAGUUUUUGCGUGAAGUUCUAGUGGUGCAUGCUGAUGUGCGAGCUGGAAUCGCUCGCGACAUUGUAGAUGUUGUGUAUGAGGACUGUUUGUUCACUUUACCUUCUGAAGACCGACACCGCUGUCCGCUUUGUGUGUCGUUGGAGACUCGCCGGCCAGCGUUCAAGUUGCUAGCGAGUGCGAUUUCGUAUGACUCCAGUAUUUUGCACGACUUGCAGGGUCGCUUGACCAGGUUGUUUACCCGAAGCGACGCGUUGCGGUUUAAGUGGGGUCAAGAAAACAACAUUGAAACACGUGGCAACGGCGAACAUGUCGGUCUCAAGAACCAAGGCUGCUCGUGCUACAUGAACUCCUUCUUGCAGCAGUUGUUCAUGCACCCGACGCUGCGCCAAGGGUUGCUAGGUGCCAAGGUAGCACCGCGUCCGACCCCUCGAGAGCCUACAAAAGCUGAGGCCGAAAAGUUUCCAGAGCGCUUGGUUGGCUGUCGUGUGGCGUUGGAGUGCCUGGGGGGUCGAGUUUACGAAGCCAAUGUUGUCGGAUACGACGACCUGACGGGCCAGCAUACAAUGAAAUACGACAAUGGUGGCGAGGCGAGCUUUGUGCUUGCAGAAGGGCGACCGGGAAAUGAAAAUGGCCGUUAUGUCAUCCUGCAGCCAGAGUUGACGGGCAUUGACGCGACACUGGAAGUUCUUCGCCAACUUCAGCGAACAUUCUGCUAUCUGCGCGACAGCGAAAUGCGUUACUUCAACCCGAAGGCAUUCGUUGACUCGUGCACAUGCCUGAACUUGGAGUUUUCGGUGUACCAGCAGAAUGAUGCCACCGAGUUUUGCGACAAACUGUUGGACCGCCUGGAGACUGGUUUGAAAACAACCCCUCAGGGAACGAGGUGUCUUCAAGACGUACUCGGUGGGAAACUCAUCUCGCAGAAGCUUCCGAAGGACUGCGGACACCGCUACGAGCGUGAAGAGCCUUUUAUCCGCCUAGAGUUGCAGAUCCGUGGCAAGGAGAGCAUUGAGGAGUCUCUAUCGGCUUUUGUUGAAGGCGAGCUGAUGGAUGGUGAUAACAAGGUCGAGUGCGAGAAUUGUGCUACCAAAAAGGCUGCGGUACGGCGCACGUGCUUCGGGUCGCUACCGAACCUGUUGAUUCUUCACCUAAAACGGUUCGACCUUGACUACACGACAUUCGAGACCGUUAAGUUGAACAACCGCUGUUCGUUCCCGAUGCGUCUGAGCAUGAAACCAUACACGAAGGCGGGCAUCGAAGAGCAAGAGGCUCGUUCAACUUCGCAACAAGAGCGCGAAGAUACGUCUGCUGACGAAGAUAUGGCUUCUGAUGACUCGAGCGACUCCGACGAGUUUAUGGCUGAUGUGAAUAGAGAUACGCCGGCGAUCCGAACUUCUUCGUCUUCAAGCUCGGCCCAAUCGGACCCUAAUUACGAGUACCGCCUAAAGGGUAUUCUGGUGCACUCUGGUGUUGCUCAAGGUGGUCACUACUAUUCCUUCAUUUACGAUCACGUGUCUGAGAAGUGGUUCAAGUAUGAUGAUGAAGAUGUGACACCAUUUGACCCGGCUAACAUCGAGGCUGAGUGUUUUGGGGGAGUGCAGCGGCGGUCGUGGCACGGUUCCAACAACUCUAUGGAGAUGGAAGUCUUCAGCAACGCCCUCAUGCUCUUUUAUGAGAAGGUUAUCCCCAACGAGCCUGAGGCUACGCCAGCUGAAAAGGCUGAUGCUGGGUCUGAAACAUCAACCGAUGUGGUUGUUGCUGCACCCGAUGAAGAUCGUUGCGAGUAUGAAGCUGAAGUGUGGAAAUCCAAUGAGGCGUUCCUGCAAAACUCGUACCUGUUCGAUGUGGAAUUCCACGAGUUCCUUCGUGAGAUGGUGCAGUCCCAGUACAUCAAAGAUACCCCUGCCAAAUCUUCGGAUGAGGCUGUGCCCAUGGCUCUAUCGCCGCCACCGGAGUCGACAGACCCGGCAACUCCACCAGCCGCGCCAGUGGCGAUAGCAGUACCAGCGGUCCGUGCCGAUGAAGAAAUCCAGAUGACAUUGACAGAGAUCGGCGUCGAGUUUGUGCUGAGUGUGCUGUUGCACUCGCGCGAGAAGCACGGAAUUGCACGGUGGAUCACUGUGCUGGCAUCCAAGUUCACCCGAUCCAAGGCUAUCUGCGCGCGCUUCUUUUCGGCACUAUCGACAUCGAAGCGAAUUGUUUGGUUGCGCGGACUGCUUUUCGAAUGCCCCGACUCGAUUGCUCGCCAGUCCUUCGUGCACUUGGUUUCGCGUGCACUCACAGCGUACGAAGCUCACCGGAAGGAAGAGCAAGCGGCGCUGGAUGAAGCGAGCGCUGAAGCAGCUGCGGCAGCUGACACGGCAGUAAUCCGAUCGUUUUUGGAGGCUAUCGCUUCUUUCCUGGAUCAAACAUCCAUCAUGCAACAGUCACACUUGGAGGAGUGCUUCAUGCUCUUGCGCAACUGUGCUGAAAUCAGUGCCACGGCUCGCUCUCAACUGCAACAACUGGAGAUGAUUGCGCGGUUGGUUAACUUUUUCCUGUGCGAACGCGGCCCGAGCGCAUUGAAGGAUGCUUUCCCGUCCUCGACAUUGCAGCCUACUGCUUCGCGGUACGCCUCGCCGGAUUACCAGUAUCUACUGGAAGCUGUCAUUGCAAUCUUGGGGCUGCCUAGGCGCACAACGGAACCAUUGCUGACGGAGGGCAGCACGCAGUAUCCGCACCGCACGGUUUUGUCGGACAAGGCUGAGCAUGCGCUGGCUGAGAUCUUUGAAGACCAUCAGACGCAGGGAGGUCCUGAUGGCAACCCUGGUCUGAGUCUCGAGGAGCUCAAGAAAUUCUUUUCUGUGUCACUUAGCAGUGCAACGACCAGUCCCGCUGUUGAGCAGCAGGCUCGAAGUAUGCUUGCCAAGUAUGGGACACCUAGCCUUGAUGGGUUUAUGCUGUAUUACACGGACAUGGCAGCUUCAUCUACCAAGUCUGUGCUUCAGGAUCUACGCGCAUUCGGCUUCAGCGAGGACCUCCAGAGACACUCCAUGACGAACGGAGACGUCCCUACUGGAGCACAAGUUCUAGAAGGGCUUAGCCCGUUAAGCCGUGGUGCGCUGCUUAACGACGUGUUCUUCGACUCGGCUCUCGAGGAGGAAGCAGAAACCACGUGUGAUCUCCUGCUACGCUUGAGUUUGGGAGACCAUGAGACGUCGACGCGCCUCUUGCGUGCUCUUCUGCACUGCUUGCAGAGCACUGAAACGGGAUGGAAGGGACAACCUGUUGUGGACGCUUGUACCGUGGCGGUGCAGCGCGUACUGGGCUACGAGUGCGACUACCAAAAGGAACUGGUAGAGUUGGCGUUGGUUCACAGCGAUUACGGGCUGCUCAGUUCAGCUAGAAGCCGCGAGAGUCUGCGGUCACGCUACGCGAGCACCACACACGUCCCGCUUUUCGUGUACCGUCAGCUGAUCCUAGUGCUGGAGCUGCGUGCGCGCGUGCCUGCAGUGAGCACGUGGUUAGCAGAGCACCGCAGCGAAUGGGAGUGGCUCUACGAGUGGCUGCGCCUCGAGUCGCUCCAGCCUAGCUUGGGCGGGCGUCUUGCGCUGCUCAAACGGGAACCAGCAAAGCUGGAGAUGUUAUGGCGCCUGGGCGAGGCGCUUGGUAUCCCCUACCAGGAGGAGCAGCGGCGAUACGUGGUGGAAGGGGCGGGCUAUGCUUCGGUUAACGGAGUGUACGUCAGCACGUCUCACAUCCACGACAAUUGCUUGACCUACGCUUGCGUGAAGAGCGACAUCGAGUACACGCUGUUCCGCUGCUGCAUGCCUAGCAAGGCGCGUCGCUGGUACAUUUCCUACUCGCCGAACAAGAGUCUGCUGGGGACAAUGUCGGACGAGGACUUUUACUUUGUACAGUCGCACAUUGAUGACGAGUCUCCGCCCGUGGAUGGCUGGAAGGUGUGGGUCAAGAACGAGAAGGCGAAGCCGCCCGUGCCGACCGUGCGUCUCCACAGCUCGACGGUGGCGGCACUAGACGGUGAAGGGGACGCUGCGGAUGCCGCCGACUCCGUCGAUGGGUACAUGACCAUGACAGGAGGCGGGUUCGCUGACCAUGGGGAGGGCUCGAGCGUUCCGACCGCGCCUUCCUCCGACAUGGUAGUAGAGACGGUGGACGUGGAUGCGGACGCGGAGACGGUGGAGUAUGACGACAGCGAGGACGAGAUCCGCGACAGCAACGAGCGCUUCCGGGCGGUGCAUCUGGACACGCAGGGGGACGGCAGCGGCACGGACGAUUUCAUGUAAAGCAAGCAAGCAAGCGAGCGAGCUCGAGGGGCGAGGGGAGGGAGUUAACAUUAUGUAGCGAGCUGCACGGACCCACUGCUCGCGGGCCAAGCCACAGGGGG